CAGCAUGCGAUUCGCUCCUGGUGAAUGUGACGUCACGCAAGUGGUGAUCGCGCUCUCUUUGUUGGUUGGGGUGGAGUGUGGAUAGUGUGAGACUGUGAGUUUAGUAUCAUACCAGACGGCCUUCAUAUGCUUCCAUGCCGAGUGAUCGAUGGUAGCGAGCUAGGCCCUCUUCUGAACCGAGAAAUGUAACUCCAGUUUGUCUCUCCGGGUUUUAUUUCCCUUGAUACGCUCUUCAUUUCUUCCAGUUUCUCGAGCUAGAAACGGAUUUUGUUUGUAAGCGAAAGGAACUGAAAUCCCUGGCUUGUAACCGGACACAUGUGGAAUAGUUUCAUAAUGGUGUCAUCAUCAUCAAUAUCGUAACCAGACUCCAUUCUGUCAAGUGGAAUUUUUGCUGUAACUUUUGAUAAAACUGUGGAUGUGGCCAGGCCCAAUCUGUUCUCUACAUUGGGUUAGAUACCGAGUGCUCUUGAUUUCAACUUUCACUUCAUCAUUUCACAAGAUAAUUUAGUUCGGAAGUUGGUAUUCAGUGUGUGAAAAGAGUUUUUAUCCACUCACUCACCAGCCAAGGAGCUUUGACUGUCAGAUAUGACGUAACACGGUUAAAGAAAGGAUUAUCAGUCUUAAACCUCCAACCCUGAGGCAUUUCCAUCAUUUAGUGUGUCGUCUGCAAUCUCGUUAACGAGAGGGAGGGGUGCUUUUGCCCCGAAACUGAGGGGGUCAAGGAUAGAGGUGAAACAUUAGAGAAGCCUAAUGGUCUGCACAUUUACUGUCGUUUGUCAUCUGUCUGGCUGAGUUUGUUUGAUGCUACCGAAGCUGAGCAUUCAUCAGAGAUUCGAUUCUUACUCUAACAACUGAAUUGCUGACUAUGUUCACUGGGUUUUCUUUUUUUUUUUUUCAUUUUUGUCUGAACGUGAUCUUAAGUGAUUAUUGAUGAAGAUAUACUGAUAUUUAUUUUAUUCCCUUCUUGGAUUAUGUUGCGAGAAAAGCCGAGAAUAUAGACUUUGAAUAGCAGGUCGAAAUCUUCUUCAGUAUUUCGCUUUGAGCUAAAAGAGGAUAACCAUGGAAAAUUCAACGGCCUAUCCCCCUGAUUUGCUAACAUCGAGCGGAAUGGCAAUGGCCACCUCGCCGGUCAGUACGGUGGGUUCUGGUGAAGGUGAAUGGUUUCGAUUCACGGAUUACACCCAACGUGCUAUCGUAGCUACGAUGUUCAUCCUCGCUUCUAUCCUGGGCACCGCCGGUAAUUCACUCGUCAUUCUCGCUGUUGUGUUCUCAAGAAAACUCCGGACGAUUACGAACGUUUUCGUUGUGAAUCUUGCAGUCGCCGACCUCCUAACAUCGUUAAUCCUUCCAUGGAAUGCCGUUGCGCUGCUUAGCACAGAAGGAUGGCCACUGGCUGAAUGGGUUUGUAGUGCCGCUGCAGGGAUUCUAUUCACCUGUGUAGGGUGCAGCACAUAUACCUUAGCCUCUAUUGCAUUGAAUCGAUACAUCCUCAUCACAAAACGCCUUCAAAGCUACCAAGCCAUCUUCAAACUUCGUAACCUUGCUAUCUGGAUCACUCUAACAUGGAUCAUACCCUUUGCUCUCUGUGUCAUCCCCGGGUUCGUUGGUCUCGGUCAACUCGGUUAUAACGAGAAAUACAGUACCUGCAGUCAACAAUCUAAACAUCGAUAUUCAAACUACUAUGAUAUCCUCCAGGCACUCGGAAUCUAUCCCAUCCCUCUCGUCAUCAUCAUCGUCUGCUACAUCAAGAUCUUCCUCCACGUUCGACAUCAUCUUAGGUCAAUGCUUUCGACGUCCGUUUCGAGUCCGAGUAGCAAUGACAACGAGCUGUCAUCGUCUGUAGCUGAUACAUCGGUCCCUCAUGUUAACAGGUUAGUAAGAAAGUAUGAUGAUGAUAUUCAAUAUUGA